CCCAAUAUUUAUAGCUUCCUUUCUUUUCUACUCCACAGCACUCAUCAUUGGUCAAUUUCCUCCGGCCAAGCUACUUCACCGCUCGGAGAUUUAAGUUUGAUUGACGUCGAUCUUACGACGGGAUCCGGUGUUGAUCGGUGAUGGAGAACAUAGACGUAUUCCCCGGGCUGCAUGAUUUUUUCGAGCGGAUGCGUAAACCCUCCGCCGGAGAUUUUGUCAAAUCCAUUAAAAGUUUCAUUGUCUCAUUCUCCAACAAUGCUCCAAACCCAGAGAAAGACAGCGAGGCAGUUCAGGAGUUCUUUACCAAGAUGGAAGCUGCUUUCAGAGCUCACCCACUCUGGUCCGGUUCUUCUGAGGAGGACUUAGACAGUGCUGCAGAUGGACUAGAGAAGUAUGUCAUGACAAAGUUAUUUACGCGUGUAUUUGCAUCGAACACCGAGGAUGUAAUCUCCGAUGAGAAACUCUUUCAGAAGAUGUCCUUAGUUCAGCAGUUUAUUUCUCCUGAAAGCUUGGAUAUACAACCUACUUUCCAAAACGAAACAUCAUGGCUGCUAGCUCAAAAAGAGCUCCAGAAGAUGAAUAUGUACAAAGCUCCUCGCGAUAAGCUGAUGUGUAUCCUUAGCUGCUGCAAAGUGAUCAAUAACUUACUGCUAAAUGCUUCUGUAGCUUCUAAGGAGAAUGCUCCUGGAGCCGACGAGUUUCUUCCUGUUCUCAUAUAUGUUACCAUAAAGGCUAACCCUCCACAGUUUCACUCAAACUUGUUGUAUAUACAAAGAUAUAGGCGUCAAUCUAAACUGGUUGGGGAAGCUUCCUACUUCUUCACGAACCUGCUCUCUGCAGAGUCUUUCAUCUCAAAUAUUGAUGCAAAGUCCCUUUCUAUGGAUGAAUCUGACUUUGAAAAGAAAAUGGAAUCUGCACGAGCGCGUCUUUCUGGUCUUGGAAGCCAGUCUUAUCAAACUGAUCACGGCGCUGCACCAACUGCUUAUAAUCCCAAGAGGGAAACCACGCUUCUGCAAUCACAAUCGUCUGGUAGUCUUUCUGGAACCAACGAAACACUGAAUCAGAGAAGUGAACUGCCGAUAAAGAAAGCUGAAUCCAUUUCGGAUUUGGAAAAUAAAGGUGCUGCCACGCUUUUGAACGAUAACAGCGAGGCGAGCAAGAUCUUGAAAGAGUAUCCUUACGUGUUUGCCAGUGCUGGUGAUUUGAGGGUAGGAGAUGUUGAAGGGCUGCUAAAUGAUUAUAAACAGCUCGUUUUCAAAUAUGUCUGCCUCUCCCAAGGCUUGGGUGAUGCAGCAACAUCUUUGGCUUCAUCAAGUUCACCAUUGCAACCGUCUACUGAAACUGAAACUGAGGAUCGUGCAACAUUGUCUUCAGAUGUUCAAACGAAAACCUAAACUGACAGGAGCGUUGAUGAUUUGAUGCGAGCUUUACAAGGGGAAGGGGAUAAUGUUCAUAAACUUUCAGAUGUAAAACAAGAAGAUUAUAGUGAAGAUGCUGUACAAGGAAGAGCUGAAGAACUUGAUCCUAAAGUUCAAGAAGAAGCGGAUACUGAAGAUACUGACUUGAAGAAGCUUAGUGCAGAGCCAGAGGGUGACAAUUCUAGUUCCAAACCGGCAGAAGAUGGAGAUAGCUGAUUCCAAACAUCUAGUUGCAGAAGAUCAGAAUGACCAAUCACAGUGAAUGAGUCUUGUAUAGAAGAAGCAGAGGUCAGAGCAUAAAAGUUGCAGCUUUGAGGAGAAGAUGACAACGUUUCUAAUGUGUGUUAUGAAGUUGAUGAUGAAAAGUGUUGUGACUUGGUUAAUUUAUAAAGUGCAACAUUGGACUCUUAAACCCGCAAAUUGAAUAACAAACCGGUUUUAUCUGAGA